AUGGCGGGUUCUAUGAAAAGUGCUCCCACUACCCAACUUCCUAGUCAGGGUGUAAAUCCCAAUGAACAAGCCCAUGCUAUAAUCACUAGGAGUGGUAGACAAUUGGGGAAUGUGUGUGUAAAUGGGGGUAAGGCAAAGAAAGAUGACAAACAAUUGACUAAUGACUUGAUUGAUGAUGGGGAUGAGAAAGAUGAUGACCCCCCUACACCGCCACCAAAAGCCAAAGAUGAUGAGCUAGUCACAAACACCCCACCUUCUUAUGUAGCAAAACUCCCCUACCCAAGUAGGUUUGCUACUUCUAAGCUUGAUGAUCAAUUUGCUAAGUUCCUUGAGGUCUUGAAAAAGAUCCAUGUUAAUAUCCCAUUCACCGAAGCACUAAAACAAAUGCCAACUUAUGCUAAGUUCUUAAAAGAGAUUCUAUCUAAAAAAAGAGCCGUAGAUAGUGUGGACACCAUUAACUUGACCGAGAGUUGUAGUGCUAUAAUUCAAAACAAGAUGCCCACUAAGUUGAAGGACCCCGGUAGUUUUGAUAUACCAUGUGCUAUUGGUGACAUGACCAUUGACCGAGUUUUAUGUGACUUGGGAGCUAGUGUUAGCUUGAUGCCACACUCCGUUUGCAACUUAGGAGAAUUGAAGCCCACUCACAUUUAA